AUGGAAUCUUAUGCUAUUGCGACUACAUAUUUACGUGAUCAAAAUGCCCAUCAGAAGGCUAAUCUCAAUCCAGCUCAAACUGCAAAACUUCGCUCGAAAUUGAGGAAAGAACGCCUUAAAGGAGAGAAUGAUAUCAAAUUCGCAGAAUUACGUCGGUUAAAAAUUCAAGGUCACAUGUUAACUAAAAUUCCCUCCGGUAGAGCGAAGAUCGGGAAGGCUCUUAUUAAGCCUUUAACUGGCCAAAAAACUAAGGGACAAACAACUGGAAUAACAAAUGGAUCUUCAAAUGGAUUUAAAGAAAUCCAACAGAAAAAAGAUUCGAAUUGGAACGAUACUCAGUUUAAUACAUGGAUCAAAGGACUAACGCGAAUUACAGUCAAAACUAUGAUUUUGCUACUCAAUGGAUAUUCCUUUCUUUCUUUUUAUGACUCCUCUCUUUUCUUUGGGUCUUCUGGGUUGAGUAAGCAUCAUUUUAUGUUCUUACAAGAGAAAGGAAUUCAUGUGUACAUGAGCGAUGUGAUUUUAAGUGAGUAA